AUGUUCAAGUCGGCUGUCAAGAAGUGUUUGAAGGAGUCUGUUCAAGAUGGAUCGAUAACAGUCACCAGAAACACCCUUGCUGUUCUCUGUGGAAUUGCGAAUUCACUGGCUGAGGACGCAGCAAGCACAGCUGCUCUGAUUGCACAGAAGGUGAACAAGAAGACCAUUGGAGGUGAUGAAGUCAUCGAUGCAUUCAACCUGAUUCUGACUGGUGAGUUGAAGAAGCUCUGUGUACGUGAAAUCAGGAAUAUGAUGAGCAAGUCUAAUACUCAGAAACCACCUAAAUAA